AUGUCUGAACUUAAAAAUCAAGUUAACUCAGAAAAUAAAAAAAGGGAUAUAGAUUAUGUUCCAUCCGAGCUGUCUAAAUUAAGCACUAGGAGUUCAGAGAGUGAUAGAAGAAGCGAUAUAGAUAGCGCUUCAGAAGGAGAAACUGCUAGGAAGGAAGACAAUAAAACAUGGCGCAUCAAAUUUAAAAUGAUAACAAAAGGUGAAAACCCCACUUAUGAGAUCGUGAAGCCAAGCGAUAAGAGGGAUGAAUUGAACGAAAAAACGCUACCUCGCAAAGAGGCAAAAAAAGGAAGAACGAAGAAGCCGAGACAGAAAAGGCAAAAAGAAGGAAGACAAAAAAGGCAAAAAAAAAAGAGACAGAAAAGGCAGAAAGAAGGAAGACCGAAGAAGCCGAGACAGAAGAGGCAAAAAAGAAGAUGA